CCCGCCCCCUCCUCCGUUGAAAACCCAAUGGAAAUUUCCAGUCUGUCCCCUCACUGAUAUAUUAGAGACCCGACCGGAGAAAGGGACGGAAGUGGAGAUCAACGGCUCGAAGCAAUCUUUCAUUAAAUACUACAAGACAAUCUUUAGGACUCUAUUUAUUCACUUGACUGAAGAACACUUGAAUCUGCAUAUCUUCUUCACUUGUAAAUCUUCUGUCUUCACCUGUUCAGUCAUGUCUCAGCAGCAGAUCAGCCUCCCAGCCAAGCUCAUUAACGGUGGCAUUGCUGGCAUCGUUGGGGUCACUUGCGUCUUCCCCAUUGACUUGGCAAAGACCAGGUUACAGAAUCAGAGACCAGGUCAGCAGGUCUACAAGAGCAUGAUGGACUGCCUUGUCAAGACAGUUCGAUCAGAGGGAUGCUUUGGAAUGUACAGAGGUGCUGCUGUAAAUCUGACCUUGGUCACCCCCGAGAAGGCAAUCAAGCUGGCCGCUAAUGACUUGUUACGCCAUCACCUUUCCAAAGAUGGAAAGGGACUGACGGUGUUCAAAGAAAUGCUGGCAGGUUGUGGUGCAGGCAUGUGCCAAGUCGUUGUCACCACCCCCAUGGAAAUGCUCAAGAUACAGCUACAGGAUGCAGGCAGACUGGCGGCCCAGCAGCAAAAACCGGUCAUGAUGUCUUCAGCUAAACUCGUGGCCACCAACACCGUGCCCAGCCGCUCCUUCAACUCCGGUGCAGUGGUCUCCGCUCCACGAGCCGUGUCAGCCACUCAGAUCGCAAAGGAGCUGCUCCUGACGCAGGGCAUCCAGGGGCUCUACAAGGGUCUGGGGGCAACACUGAUGAGGGAUGUUCCCUUUUCUAUCGUUUACUUCCCACUGUUUGCGAAUCUGAACCACCUGGGCAAACCCAGCCCAGAAGAGUCGUCGCCUUUCUACUGGGCCUUCCUCUCGGGCUGCGUUGCGGGAUCCACUGCUGCCGUGGCUGUUAACCCCUGCGACGUGGUGAAGACCAGACUGCAGUCGCUGAACAAAGGGGCCAGUGAGGAGACUUACAAUGGAGUUGUGGAUUGUGUGAGUAAAAUCCUGCGGAAGGAGGGGCCGUCUGCCUUCCUGAAAGGAGCAGGCUGCCGGGCGCUGGUCAUCGCGCCUCUCUUUGGAAUUGCACAGGUCAUGUACUUUGUUGGCGUCGGUGAAUACAUCCUGGACAACUCGCCUCUCAGCUUCCUGGCAGCUUGAGACCAUAUCGUCUCGCUGACUGGCGUUGCACAGGACCUGGUGGAACAACUGGCAGCUACAUACUAUCGGUUUACAGAAGAGGACUGAGUCAGGAAGACAUCAGGAUGUGAAGCCCUGCGAUUUCACCACCUGUAUGGUUUGACAGCUGUGUUGCACUUGUACACUUUUGUGACUUAUUCAGUAGGCUGUGGCCAUCGUUUGCACUUGAAGCUGUUAGCCUUACUGGGUUGGGGACUCAGAGUUGUAGUGUUGAUCUUUCUUUGUCCCUAACAGUCAUGUUCAGUUUCCCUCUGUGAGGGAGGGGAGCAAAUGCCAUCAAAAAGACACACCUACUGUUUGUGUUUUCUAACAUAAUAACCUUUCAUAUUCUUUUGUAUGUGUAUGUUAGUGUACUUUAAAUCAGUCAAUGCAGUACUCUGUGUAUUGUUGUUUUUUUUUUUUUAAUUAUCUCCCAUUUCAGUUGCUGUCUUAUGUUACAAAGACUUCAACUUGGAACUACAAUUCAAAAUAGGUGAUACAGUAUUUAAAGUGUAUCGCAAAAAGGAUCUGCUAUUUCUUUGAAAUUUACAUCGACAUACAUUUUCAGCAUUUCUAAGUGUGUGACUGAUAAUGAAUCUUCCUACUGACAUGGGACCACACAGUUAAGCAAACCAUGAACUGUGUCCUCGUAAAUACUUGAUAUUGUCCUUGCAGCCGUUGUUCUGUGAACAGCUGUCUCUGUAUCUUAAUGUCUGCAAAACUUGAGAUGCAUCCAUGCAUGACUUCAUGUGUUUGUCCACAUAACUUCACCUGAAAUAUUUACAUAUGCAUAGCAACAGUUGUACUCUAAAGGCUGGUUUAUGCCUUAAAGGAAAAAAAAUGGCGCUUGUGAUUCUGAGGAGCAGAAAAAGCAUUAUUGUAGUUACUGUGAACAUGUGAGAAAUGACUGUUACUGUACUCUGUGAUGGCUUUUUGUACAUACUGAAUAUAUACAUUAAACCUUGUAAUGCA